AAUUUUAAAAAAGAUUUCAGUGACUUACGGACAUUAAUCAAGAAUAGUUCUUUUAUUUGCUUUCCUUUUUAAUAGGCCAGAAACUAUAAAAAAUCAUUAAAUUUACUUGAUCAAAUAAGACAAUAAUGAAAUUCAAAUUAGAGUUUUUAUUGUGUUUUAGCAUUUUAUGUCUUAUACAAAUAAUACAUGUUCAAAGUGAUUGUAUAAUAAAAUAUCCUAACAAUACGGAAACCUCACCGAUUUAUAAGAAAAUAGUUGGUAAAUAUAUGGUGGAAUUACCAUAUAAUGGUAAAGAUAUACCAUUAAAUGAAGGUGAAACUAUCCAGGCUGUAUGUCGUACAAAUUUUAGUUAUAUUUCUUAUUAUACACAAAGGCGUGAUCGUUAUGGUUAUAGUAAUCAGUACAUAGAAGUUUUAAAGAAUCAAACAACAAUUUAUCUACGGUGUCAAAACAACCAACUUUUCUUUAAUAAUACCCUAUUGCAGGAAAAGAUCUUGGAGUGUGAAAAAUUAAAUUGGAGCAUUUACGAUGCGAAUGAAACGUAUGAAUGGUGCGAUAAGAAUCAGAAUACUAAAACAUUUUUACUCGCAGUAAAAUCCAAUCAAGAUCAUCAUAUAUUGGCUGGUAUUUGUUUUAAUCUGAAUAAAUGGUCUUUGCACACACUCGUAUAUAAUGUCAGCAAUACUGAACAAAAGUUUAAUAUGGAAAUGCUAAGAGAUAUAACAAAAACCGAUUUGAAGUCGUAUAAGUCUUUGGGUGACGAUCUGUGGAACUUAAAAACUAUAAAGAAUUUUGAUCUUCAGGAUAAAGAAUUACAACUACAAUUAACAGAUAUGAGUAAAACAAAUCCCUGGCUUCACUUGGCCAAUUAUGAAAUAUCACCUAUUGUCCAGGGCGUUUCAUAUGAACAUUAUUUUAAUGAAUAUGUAAAUAUUUUAAAUACAAUCUGGUGGCGUAAUUUACGUUUGGGCAAUUGGAAAUUAUUUAUGAACACUUUGAAAAAUUAUGCCUACAAUAAUAGUUUUCAAUUAUAUGCAGGAACAUCGGGUGAAGUUAGGAUUCCUAGAAAAAAUUUGUUGGAUUAUGAUUUGCUGAAAAUUAAGAAUGGUUAUUUAAAUAAAACCGUACCUGCUUACAUCUGGUCUUAUUUAACCUCAACCGAUAAUCAAAAUGAAGAUUUUAUUAUAGUCGGCUAUAAUUCACCCUAUGCAGAGUUUUUUAGCCUUAACGAAGUUGUAUUCUGUCCCAAUAUCUGCUCUGAAAUACCCUGGCUAAAUGAUAUUCAUUUAUCAUUUAAUUAUGCAACGGCUGGUAUUAUGUUCUGCUGUUCUACGGAAUUUAUGCAGAAGACAAAUUAUUUAACCGGAUUUCCCAUGGAUGUUUUAAUGGCACGUGCCCCGAAAGCGUUAAAAAUAACAGAAAUUUUGAAUUCCUCCGAAAGUUUACUGAAUGCAACUGAAACAAAUCAAACUCUGAAUGCUGGUAUUGAACUUCAAACCGAAAGUUUAUUGGAGCUGAAAGUUUUAGAAGAAGAAUCAUUAGAUUUGAUUAAGAAUCAAAAUUAAAAGAAUUGUUAUAAGAUUUAUUCGAUUUCUAUAAGAAUCAACAAUUAAAAGAAUUUUAAUACAA